AUGCGGACCAGUGUGAGCAUCAAUGCAAAUGUUUGUGGUUAUUUUGCCUUCAUGAGAUGUGGAUACGAGAAAAAAGGCCAGCAACAGUGUAACGGACAACACAGCUCCUCCGCCCCGCGCAGUGUCUCCUUGUGCACGGAGAGACCAGCUAACCGAGCCCGCGUGCUCGCUGUGCAACAAGGCGAACAGGAGGAAAAAUGGACCGCCGGGCAGCAGCAGCAUCCAGCGAGGACCGACACAGAUUUUAAGGGUCCUGUUAUAUGCUGGAGGACACAUGGAUAUGAAGAAAUAGAAGCAUCAGUUGAGGCCCUCCAGCUGACCUCUGGGCUAAGUCCUGUCUGUGGGGCUUUGUUGUUGGUGGGCCAGCUGAACUGGCGUGUAUGUGAGUUAGAGCACCCAGACACCCGUCGCCUGGCCUCUAUACAAGCCCCUAAUCAACAGCAUGCCAACCUGGGCCUCCGACCUGAACUGGCUUCCCCCUUAACUACAACCUACCCCAGAGUUGAGCUGGAGCCUUCUGCCAGCUCCACCACCCCAGAGCCCAGCCUGGACAUGAGCCUCAGCCCCAACAGUGCUCCCUACGCCAUUUAUGUUAGCCAGGAGGCCAGCCACCAGGACUACCUGGACCAACAGAGCCUGGCUGCCUGGUCCUCCUUUGGUACAGAAAAUGUGGGUUCUCACUCAGACCCUGUAGUCCAGAGUCGAGAGAGAACUUCCCAGAUCACAGAGGACCAGAACCAUGUCAGCACCACACGCUAUCACGGUGGGGAAGAGGAAGACGAUGAUAGGGAAAAUGAAGAACUAGGAAACAGAAUGAGGACUACAGCAGACAGGAGAGCUGGUGAUGACUCCUCUGAUCUGGAGCAAUAUUACUUCUCCAAGUCGUUGUCUGUGGUGCAGCGGCUGUGGCAGGGCCGUGUGUCUGCCAGCAUGCUGAGUCCUCGGCUGCAGCGAGCCAUGAAGGACUACAUGAGUGCCAACAAACACCACGUUUCCUACAAGGGGCAUCGCAGGGUCGCCCGCAGUGCUAAGGAGCUGCUUUGUCAAAUUAAAGCCCAGGCACAGCUAAGCACAGUGGAUGGGUCGGAGAAGCCCUUCUCCUCACUCGGUUGGGCUGGUCUUGUGCCGUCGCUUCCUCUGGAGCAACUGUUUAGGCAGCAGGACCAGAGCAGCUUCAAGAAUUGUGCGGUGGUCACCUCGGCUGGUGCCAUCCUGCGUUCAGGCCUGGGCAAAGAGAUUGACUGUGCCUCAACAGGAAAUCAAACUGCACUCUCAUCCUGCUGUCCCUCCCAAAAGGCAGCACUGCAUCAAACUCCAACAUUAUGCAGCUUUGAAUUAUGACAAAUCACCGAAAGAAAUGUGAAAAUCAGACUCUUAUGUCACUGACAGUUUGACUGACAUUUAGAUCGUCUGGUUUGAUUUAAUCAAACAUUUUGUAAUGUAUGGCUGCCAUCAUGUGGAAAACAGGAUAAACUGCAUCCCCAGUACAACCUAGGAUGGAGAAAAUAACAGGAACACAUUACAGCAUUAUUCAACUAAAUGCACUGCAACAGAUAUUUUCUUUGUGAAGUUUAUAGUGUUUGUUAAUACUAUAAGGUUUUGAGUCAACACUCUGGGAAUUUAUUGGGAUCAUAGUUUGUGGUACUUAGUAAAUAUCCUGUUAGGGAUCCCUCAGUCUGUGGUGGUGAUACUCAGAUAUAAAUGGUUAAAAGCAGCACACAGACUUCACCAAUUUUUUCACUGGGAGUGCUGUGAAAGCAAUUUGAUGAGAAAAGGAUUACUGUCAAAACAGUAAAACCUUUCUAGAUCUGAAGAAUGGUCUCAUCUAACUGCCAGAUAGAAAAAUGUACAUUAGGCUGCAUCUUAAGUCACUAUCAACUGAUCUGUCUAUUUGGUUUUUGACAAAUUGUUUUAUUGUUCAGUAUGCAACAUGUCAGAAAAUAGUGAAUAAUACUCAAACACAAGGUGACACCGUGUAUUAAUUUGUCCAAAUUCUUGUCUGGAAAAUGGCUUGAAUGGUUACUUAAGGACUGACCAUCUGCUGAUGUUGGAGGACUCUCAGGCAUAACAUGGAUUAACAGGUUGGUAAUGUAAUUGAAACAAUACCAGUUAAUACCCUUUUUCUAUUCUUUUUUUAAAGUGAGCAGUUUAUAACCUAACAUGAAGCCAAUGCAAGGUACCCUGCAGAGAGGAAAUGUGUAAUAACUGGAGCAUUAGUGCAUUAUAGUAGUUGUGAAAAAGUAUUAGCAUAUGACAAAAGUGACCUAUUUUACAAACAUUUUAAGAUGGACAAUGCAUGACAAGACUGGCUACCUCUCCCAGGUUUAAUUUAUCAGGUAUUUACAAUUAAAGAAAUACAAUAUUUACUUUAGCCUUAGCAAUUAAUAUUAACAACUCUCAGCUUUUAAACAUGCUGAUCUGUCUGUAAUGCAGUAAAAACAAAGUCACCUGGUCUUCGUCAUAAACACUAAAAGACAG